UCAGGGGCUGUGAAUUGGCCCCCACUUUGCCUACAUCUGAUCUAAAGGGCUGAGCAAUAUGUGUCUGUUAGAGAACCAGUGUUGUGUAGUGGUUUGAGUGCUGGAUUAGGACAUUGGGAGACCACUGUUUGCAUCUGUUUGAUCAAUGGUCAUACUCUCUCAGAAAUCCCUUCUGAACACAUUUGGCCAAGAAAACAUAGUGAUGGGUUUGCCUUAGGGUCACCGUAAGUCAUAAGUAACUUGAAGGCACAUAGCAACAACUCUUUAAAGUCAUCAGCCAAAGAGUUCUAGUGCCUCAUCAAACUACAAAGCCAUAGGGUAGAACCAUGACAAUUACAGUGUUAUACAUGAAGUAGCAUGACAGGACCCAAAUACAAUUAAAAGUAAGUGAUCAUAGUAAUUUGAGUGCAGACGAGGCUUUACCAAGUAGAAUUCACUCUUGAGAGUACAGUAGAGUCUCACUUAUCCAACAUUCGCUUAUCCAACGUUCUGGAUUAUCCAACGCAUUUUUGUAGUCAAUGUUUUCAAUCCAUCGUGAUAUUUUGGUGCGAAAUUCGUAAAUACAGUAAUUACUACGUAGCAUUACUGCAUAUUGAACUACUUUUUCUGUCAAAUUUGUUGUAUAACAUGAUGUUUUGGUGCUUAAUUUGUAAAAUCAUAACCUAAUUUGAUGUUUAAUAGGCUUCUCCUUAAUCUCUCCUUUAUCCAACAUAUUCGCUUAUCCAACAUUCUGCCGGCCCGUUUAUGUUGGAUAAGUGAGACUCUACUGUACUUUGAAAUUACAGUAUUUUGUUUGCUUUAUGACCAUUGAAAUGAAGCUGCAGGCCGGCAAGAGGAAUCUGUUUCCCCAUAGAUAUUUCUAGACCAUAGAUGUCACAAUUCAUUGCCAUUGGUCAUGCUGGUUGGGGGGUAAUGGGUAUUAGAAUCUAAAAAUAUUUGAAGGACUUCCCAUGUUCCCAUUCCUACUACUGGCCAUAUCCUCCUUUAGCUUCCUUUCUGUCUGUCUUUCUUUCUGUUUGUCUGUGCCUUGAGGGAGGGAGGGGAGGAUAUUUAAGAUUGUUACCCUAUGGGCAGGGCUUUCUUGUUCUUGUAUGCCAUGCAGCGCUUAAUUUAUAGGUACUUAAUAAAUAAUAAGUGGUAUUAAAUUGAGCUCAGGAUCUAAGAAAGCUGUUUGCCUUCCCUCUGGCCUAGCUCCAAGGUUGCCACUGUAUAUGGAUUAAGCACAGGACUGCAAGUUGAGACGGGCCAUGCAAGGGCGGCCGGGCAGAGACAUCUGUUGAUCCAGCUGGGAGAUGUGAGUCCCGUGGGUGGGGAAAAGGUUCCUGUUUAUUCAGUGGCAUCCUUGCUGGCUUGGAGGUGGAAGGAUUUUGGGUGGCUGGGGAAAAGAGGAGCAUGGAGGUUGGCAGGACCUCUUCUCUUGCAAGGACGUCUGGGGUGUGCCUAACCAGGUUUCCUGUCCAUAGGGCAGGAGGAAAAACAAAGCAUGUGGAUUCCAGGCAGCCGAGUGAGGCUGUCAUUCUCCUCGGAAGGAAGGGAGCGUUCCCUGUCAUGCUCUACUAACAUCUGGCUUGCAGCUGGACUUCUCAUUCCGCACUGGGCCAUUGAAACACAGAGUACCAGCUCUGAAGAAAUCGUACCCAGCCCUCCUUCGCCACCCCCACUGCCCCGAAUCUACAAACCCUGCUUCGUGUGCCAGGAUAAAUCAUCCGGCUACCACUAUGGUGUCAGCGCCUGUGAAGGAUGCAAGGGUUUUUUCCGCCGCAGCAUCCAGAAGAAUAUGGUGUAUACCUGUCACCGCGACAAGAAUUGCAUCAUCAACAAGGUGACGCGAAACCGUUGUCAGUACUGCCGCCUGCAGAAGUGCUUUGAAGUUGGCAUGUCCAAGGAAUCUGUCCGAAAUGACAGAAACAAGAAGAAGAAAGAUGCUCCAAAGCAGGAAUGUUCGGAGAGCUACAUCAUCACGCCUGAGGUAGAGGAUCUCAUUGAGAAAGUACGCAAGGCCCAUCAGGAGACCUUCCCUGCCCUCUGCCAGUUGGGCAAAUACACCACGAAUAACAGUUCUGAUCAACGGGUGUCUCUCGACAUAGACCUAUGGGACAAGUUCAGUGAAUUGUCCACAAAGUGCAUCAUCAAGACAGUUGAAUUCGCCAAGCAGUUGCCAGGUUUCACCACGCUCACCAUCGCUGAUCAGAUCACGCUUCUCAAAGCUGCCUGCCUAGACAUCCUGAUCCUCCGGAUAUGUACGCGCUACACCCCAGACCAGGACACCAUGACUUUCUCAGAUGGCCUGACACUCAACCGCACGCAGAUGCAUAACGCAGGCUUUGGGCCGCUCACGGAUCUGGUCUUUGCCUUUGCCAACCAGCUGCUGCCACUUGAGAUGGAUGAUGCCGAAACAGGACUGCUCAGCGCCAUAUGCCUCAUAUGUGGGGAUCGGCAGGACCUGGAACAACCGGACCGAGUAGAUAAGUUGCAGGAACCACUUUUGGAGGCCCUAAAAAUCUACGUCAGGAAGAGGAGACCUAGCAAACCCCAUAUGUUCCCCAAAAUGUUGAUGAAGAUCACAGACCUCCGAAGCAUCAGCGCAAAGGGUGCUGAAAGAGUCAUUACCUUGAAGAUGGAGAUCCCUGGGUCGAUGCCCCCACUCAUCCAGGAGAUGCUGGAGAACUCUGAAGGCAUGGACACGUUGGGGGCCUCAACGGGGGCCUCAUCCCGUAUAGGCAGCCACGCCCCACCUCCAGGCAGCUGCAGCCCCAGCCUUUCUCCCAGCUCCAACAGAAGUAGUCCUGCCACCCAUUCGCCGUGACCCCACUGGCCAGCAGGACAAGCCGCUUGACCACCCCCUUCCCUGCACACUUCGGUCUUUUGUUCCCUGGCGAUGCCUGGACAAACGUCUGAGGAGCAGGGGUGGGGCGAAGGGGGGAAGCCGUGGGACCUCAUACCACUGGAAGCAAUCUCCUCUCCCCCCACCCUCUCUGCGCCACGUGGGUCACGGUUAGGCCCCUAAGGAUGGGCUCUGCGUACUGUUCCAUACCAGCACACUUAUCUUUUGUUCAACCGUUCCAGCAAAAGAGGGGUUCUACUCGCAAUGGAGACCCACUCUCCCACCGCGGAGGCACAGAUCGUAUACAGGAAAUUCCGAACUCUCUGCACACAGAUCCAUGAGCCGAUCUGGAGGACAGAUGCUCAGAACUAAGAGCGAGACUUUGCAUAUAUAUAUAUAUAUAAAUAUACAUAUAUAUAUAUUAAAAACAAACAAACAGCUGAUUACAGAAAAAAAAUCACCUCCUAUGUGGCACGCACCCACCCACUGUCCUCUUCAUCCUGUCGUGCACACAUACACGCCUCCACAAUGGGGGUUGCCUGCUUCUUGUUGCAGUGAAAAUGAAGUGGUGUUCUUUAUUUUCCCCUCUCCCUCUCUCUCUUUCUCUCUCUUUCUGGUUGAGUUUGCAUUUCAAAUGUUUCAGGGGGAAAGGGUGUAAUGUUUCCUGUUUUGUUUUUUGUUUUUUUUAAUUGCUCAGACCCCCUUUUAUUGUCCUCAACUUGACCGUGCAAAGUUACCUUUUUCCUCCUUCCCUUGCCUCUCCCACUCCUUGUCCACCCACACAUGCCUAAAAAUGUCACCAGCAAAUAAUGAUAAUAAUAAUAAAAGUAAAAUUAGUUCUUCAGGUUAAGAAAAAAAGUACACAUAGAACAAGGAGGGAUGGAUUCAUUUAAGAGAGAAGAAAUAUUAUAUCUAUAAAUAUCUAUAAAUAUCUAUAAAUACAUUUUAAAAAGAAAACUUUGUAAAAGUUUGGAAAUUCGGAAGGUUUCUAGAAAGAGCUUGGCAAGGAGAAAACUGAGGAAAACGAGAUUUGUGUAUGGGGGUUGCUCACAAUUUUCUUUUUAAUGUAAACCUGUAUUCAGAGCUACAUGUUUUUUUUUAAUCAGGGGCCACACUCACACAUACAAGGCUAAACCAGAAUAACAAGAGUUUUCUGGCUUAUUGGUACUGAGCAGCGGGCUGGUGCACACAUCCCAGUCACUCCAGCGUGGUUCUCUCUGGAAAUCUGAACCGCAAAGUUGGACAACUUUGGCCAAUCUAAGGGCUUGUUUGAAUCAGCCUGUUUUGCCCCUUAAAACUGAAUGCUUUUAUUUUUUUGGAAGGAAAAAACCAACCUGGGUAAAGCACUGUUUUGAUGGAACUUCUUGGCAUAAAACUGGGGACAGGGUGAUUCAUCCCUGAUUUUAAAAAGGCCUCUUCCUGUUUGCGGUGUGGCUUUGUUCCCAAUUUAUGGAGACCCUAAGGCAAACUUAGUACCAGAUUUUCUUGGCACAGUUUGUCCAAAGGGAGUUUGCCUGUGCCUAAGAUUUGAGCAAGGUCAAUGGAUUUCCAUGGCCAAGUUGGGAUUCAAACCCUUGUCUUUGGAGUUAUAUUUCAAGGCUGUGCUGGCUCUCAUUAGCAAAGCUUCUGGACUAUAAUUGGGUAUGUGAAAGUGGGAUAAUAAAAAAUAUAGUGGAAGGGUUUAAAAAUGGGAAGGGAGCCUUGUAUUGUCUACCUCUGAGCUAAGGAUGGACACGGCUUCAUGUUAUGUCCAAAUGCAGACAUAGCUUGGCUCGGCUCAGGCUGGGCAAUAGAUCCAAAAGAGGCCUUUUGAAAACCGUAAAAUAGAAGGCUGUUUUAGGACAAGGAGAAGGCUUUUAAAAAAUCAAGAAACAAAACAUUGCAGUUCAUUUUUUUGAUUGGAAAAAGGUUUCUCCUGGAUCUAAAAUAAAACAUGCGGCAAAAACAUGGCAAAGUUAUCUCCGAUCUGCCAAACGGCACUGAGAGCAUUGUAAACAAUCAAAACAAAAACGUAAUGAGUACCCUUGGAGAUCUCAAAAAUUAUUGGGAAGGAGCUGGUAUACGGAUGCGCUGCUCAUUGUUGAUAAAUCUGAAUUCUUACCAAUUCCAACCAAGGAAAUCUGGGUCGUGUGAGUUAAAGGUGCUUAAUUUUGGAUGGAUUUGUGUCCUUCGGUUAUUGGCUGCUUUGACUGAGAACUGUUCUUUUUGGAUCAGUCUCGGAUGCAUAACUACAAUCUGGCAAGAUUUGGCGGGAGGGGCAGAUGAAAAUUUGGGAAGCAAGUCAAGGUUUUAAGCACUGUGAUAAAAGUGUUAUUUUGAGCAAAAAAUGCUUGCAGUUUUCUGAAGUGUGUGUGUGUGCUCGCUCGCGCAUGUGUGAAAAACAACCCUACAUUGUUCUAUGUUUCCACUAACAAUCCCCUUCCAUUAACUUUAAUGCUGCUUUUACAUUUUAAAACAAAUGACACUUGGUUUUGUAAUCUUCAAAGUUUCAAAGGGGAAAUUUCCCUCUUUCCCAUUAUUUCUUCUGCAUUCCCUCUAUUUUCACAGUUUUCUGAACAGAAACAGUUGUCCCUGUUUUAUGGGGACGAACAGUAAGUUUGGGGACCUAAAUAAUAGAGCUAAAGACUUAACACUGCCUCAACUGGGUUUUUAAAUUUGUUUUCUUUCCACAAUUCUCCCUUACCUUAAUGCAAUAUCAUAAAUUAUUUGACAUGUCACUUUGAUGGAGGGGUUGGUGAGGUGGCAGCCCUUGAAGACAAACAAGACUAAAACUGCAGUCCUAUACCCAUUUAAGAACUAUAAGCUUUGAGGCCAUAUUUCUAUUCUUCUUUAAGGCCCAUUGACCUGUUUCUCAAUAGACAUGGUCAGGAUGGUUCUCCAACAAGUAUAAUGUUAUGUAUGUACUCAGAAUUAAGUCAAUGGGUCUUACUUCCUCAAACUAUGGUAAAGGAAGGAUUGCAACAUUUAGGGUUCAUGAAACUAGUACAGCUGUUUCUCCACAUUUGCAGUUCUGACUUUUUCAGAUUUGAUCAUUCACAGAUUUUAUUUAAAAAAUAUCUUUGGGAAUCUAGGUCAUCCAUUUGAGUCUUUUUGGAGGACCUAAAGCAGUAGUUCUGAACCUGUGGGUCCCGAGAUGUUUUAGCCUUCAACUCCCAGAAAUCCUAACAGCUGGUAAACUGGCUGGGAUUUUUAGGAGUUGUAGGCCAAGACACCUGGGGACCCACAGGUUAAGAACCACUGGCCUAGAGAUUUCUAGAGAACACCUCUCUAGGAACAUCUAGGUCCUCCGAUGUGAUUCUGUGGUCAGCUUCCAAUGGACGUUGACCAAGCAACUGUGCUAGGAGACCUAGAGAUUCAUACAGAGCUCUUUUCUCAGGUUAAAAAAAUAGCAAUUUCAUUAUAUCCAAUGUUUUUCACUGUCAUGGGGUCCUGUGACCCUAACCUUGAUGAAUGUGUAGGGCUGACUGUACAUGGUUUCUUACUUCCUGACUAAGGAGAUUCACAAUAUUUGGCUAGAAAUAUUCCAGAUUUACUUUCAGACUAUAAAAAGAAAUAUUUUCUAACACUCAACACACACAUGAGGAUUGGGGAAUGGCCUGUAUAGAAUUAGGGGACCCAUACACCAUUUUGUUAUUAAUUUUACAGAUUAUUUUUCUCUUGAGAUUUUAGUGUCUUAGAAUCUACGACAUGAAAAUUCAAAAUUGUGGAGACGCAGAAGUAAUUGGGGUUUCUUUUUCCUGGAAGCUCCUCCCUCAGGUUUGAAGGACAUGUGCUCCACACGUCUCAGAUAUGUAUAUAAAGCUGUUGUUCUUUCAUAUAAAAUGAUACUGGUGAGUUUACA